UGUAGAAAAAGUAAUAGAUGUUAGCUAUGCGUGUUAAUAGUCGUAUUAUAGUGAUAAAGUUUUUGAUAGGUGAUAGGAUUGUCACUUUUCUGUCAGUUUAUGUUCCACAGUGUGGACUCGGUGAGGAAGAUAAAGAUAAGUUUUAUGAUGAGUUAAUAGCAGUCACAUCAAAGUUUGGAGACACUGAACUUAUCAUGGUGGGUGGCGACUUUAAUGGUCAUGUUGGGAAGUCAUCUGAAGGUUAUAGAGGUGUGCAUGUAGGCUAUGGAUUUGGGAGCAGAAAUAAGGAAGGGGAGAGAUUGCUUGAGUUUGGAAUGGCAACGGACAUGGUGGUUUGCAACACAUCAUUCAGUAAGAGACAGAGUAGGCUGAUAACAUAUGAGUCAGGUGGUUGUAAGACACAGAUAGAUUACUUCCUGGUUAGAAAGUCAGACAAGAAAGUGGUGAAGGACGUGAAAGUUAUAUCGGGGGAAGAGUGUGUUUCCCAGCAUAGGUUGCUGGUUUGUGAUAUUAUCUUGAAGAGUGUUAAAGAAGCCAAGGGAAAGUACAGGCCCCGUCGAAAAGUCUGGAAGCUGAAGGAAGAGAUUGUAGCAAGACAAUUUAGUGCAAAAGUUCACCAGUUAGCCCACAAUGGUCAAUGCGAUAGUGACAAUGUUGAAAGUACUUGGACUACUUCGAAGAAUUGUCUUCUAGAAGCUUCUGAUGAUACCUGUGGGUGGACGAAAGGACCAGCUAGACAUAGACAGACCUGGUGGUGGAAUAAUGAGGUUGACCAGUGUAUAAAGGAAAAGAGGAAACUUUGGAAAGAGUGGAAGUCAGGUGGUAGUAAAAAUAUUUACUUAGAAGCUAAGCGUCACGCUCGUACAGCAGUGUAUAAGGCAAAAUCAGAAGCAGAGAGAAACAGAUUUGCAGAUGUGUUAAGAAGGGAAGACCAGCGCAAUGAGGUAUUCAAGAUAGCAAAGCAAAUGAAGAAGACUAAUCAAGAUGUUGUAGGUGAGAAGUGUAUAUGUAAUGAUGAAGGUGUUUUGGCUAGCACAGAAGAGGAGAAAAGGGUAGCUUGGAAGAAUCAUUAUCAGAGUUUGAUUGGGACGAGGAUAAUUUGUCUGAUGAUGAUGUUGUAGAAGGGCCAGCUAUGCAGAUCAAGACAGAAUGGGUAGUGGAGGCUAUUAGGAAAUUGAAGAUUGGCAAGGCUGCAGGAGUAUCAGGUAUUGUUGCAGAGAUGGUAAAAGCAUCUGGAUAUAUUGGAGUUGAGCUUAUUACAAGUCUUGCU